AUGCUUCAACAACUAUAUUUAUGUUAAAAUAUCCUUCAAUUAAUUUUUUAAAUACCUUAAGAAUAAAGUUAAAUAAUUUAGACUUGUUCUUAUAGAUAACAUUUUUAUAAAGAUAUUAAAGUGCAUUUCAUUCUAUUGAAAGAUUUUGAAAGAAAUAUUAAAGUUGAAGUAAAAAAACUAUUUAACCAUUUGAUACUGAAGAUGAUCUUAAAAUUAUUAACUGGAAUGAUAAUUCAUACAUAAUAUGAUGAUGAAGGAAGAUUGGGAAUUCCAUAAAUACCUUUUUGA